AUGCAACUCUGCCCCACAGACCCAGUUCUCAAGGCUCUUCGGCUGAAAACGGACUCGCCUCGUCGGGCUCGAAGCUUUCCCGAACCAAGUUCAAACACUCGUGAGGCUAAAAGGUGUCGACGCUCGAGUGAUGUUCCUGGUACCAAUGAGGAGCUCUUGUUAGCCCUCACAGGGCCUAGAAGCCUCUCACGUGGGCGACCACGAGACCCCAACAACAUCCCGCUUACAGCAGCGCAUGAACUUCGGAUGCUGAGGGCUCAAGUGGCGAGCAUGGAGGAAGAGCUGGUAGGUCUGCAGUCCAAGUGGUCGAAGCAGCUACCUGAAGAGCGCGUUCUGGCUGCAGCUCUCCGAUCAGCUCAAGAGAAGCACGCAACGGACCUAGCUGAGAGAGCGCACAAGGAACUCCAGCAGCUCCUUCGACAGCAACAACUCAUGUUCGCUACACUCCAGACAGCCGUCCUGUGCGCCCCUCUUCACUCCAACGGCAGCGAGAUGUUCGAGGCGCUGCACUUCGACACUCAACUUGGGAGUGACCAUCAGCAGCGCGAGACAAUGCUCACGACACACAACGAGCGGUCUCUCGCUACGCUGCCGUCUAUCAUCGACAAGUUCUCGCAGCUGGCCAUCGACAAGGCGAUGGAGGGACAAGAUGCCACCGAGGAGUCCGUGAUGCCGCUGUCGCAGAUCAACAUCACUGGUGGCCAGGACUGCACACUCAUCUCGAGCGUCUUCAUCUCCGAGAUCCCGCAUACCUCGCUGGAGGAGGUGUACGCUGCCGUGCUGGCGUACUUCGCCGCAAUCCCAACGUCGCUGAAGCGCCACUUCGGAGUUGAAGCGAACCGCACAAGGCUGAACGACGCAGAGUCUAAGGUUGUGUAUCGGCAAUCGACCUUCAAAGGGUCGGGGCUGCCAGCGACUGUGAACAACAUCGUGUGCUCGGAGCUGACGGCGUCACACGGAAUGGUCCACAUCGACGCUGUGACGGACGACCCUCUGCACCCUGUGCCCGAGUCGUCUUCGUCGCAGUACGGCAUCUGCGGGCUCACUAUCACGCCUCGGAAGGAGCCCGUGACGGGCAAGACGUCGAGUAUCACGCUGCGCUGGGUGGUGGUGUAUCGCUACAACAUGUUGCCACACGACCCUGCUAUUCGGAGGGACUUGGAGAUUAUCCGACCCAUUCUGAACGGUGACCUCCUCACUGCCUCCGUGUGCAGUCAUAUCCGCGAGCCGCAGACGCAGUAG